UACGUCCAAAAAAGAGCGACUCUUCUCUUAAAAUGGUGGUCGUGAAAGUUACUCCAAUCGCCGUGAAAUAUUAUAAUCGUUGGUUUAUAGGAGAUAAAUGUGUUAAUGAAGCAAUUGCAAUCAAAUGGAACAGUGAAUAUGUUGAGAAUGAAGCAAAGACUCUAUCAUGUCUUCGUCAUGCAAGUGGAACUCUUGCCGAUUGUAUUUCACCAAAUGGUAGAGAUGAAUAUUCGACCCUUAAUUUAAUGAUUCAAGUUUUUGACGCGGUUAAAUAUAUCCAUGAUCAUGGUAUUGCCCAUUGCGAUAUCAAACCUGAAAACAUUUUACUUUCAUCAGAUCGUAAACGUUUAAUCCUAGCUGAUUUUGGUCAUUCUCGAUUAGAAUGUGAUGACCUUAUAAAGGAUCCUCAAUAUUUUCAGGCUAUAAAUGAAGACUCAAAAAUUAUGAAAGGAACGGUCGGAUUUUAUAGUCCAGAACGUGAUCCGCGUGAACACAUUCCGUUCAAAGGUUUCAAAAAGGCUGAUAUGUAUAGCCUGGGAGUAACUAUUUAUGUCGUGUAA